AGGAAAAUAUGUGACAGAAGCAAGACAUUUCUCAUGAAAACAAAACCAGAAAGUAAUGUCACAGAAAUAAAGUUAUUAUGCAACAAGUCAGUUAAUGUUGCUGUGUACAUACUAUAGAAAGUCAAAAUGAAUUAUCGAACAAUUUUCAUUUUGUUUCUAGUUUUGGACUAUAGCACAGCAAUAAUAAACACAUUUAACAAAGAAUGGGAUGGGCUUUUAUCUUCACACAAACCAAAGCUCUGCCUUACAAUAAAGUAUGGAAUUUGCAUACCUCAUCUGCCAUAUACCGCUUCUGUGACUGCUACACAAUCAGGCAGUAUUGAAUCAUAUACUUUCAAUGCAUCUGUAGCAGAAAUAUUGGAAUCUAUGUUCAUUGUCUGUAUAGAACGAACUGAUCAAGCAAAGGGAUGGCCGAAAGUUAUGUUUCAGUUAAAUUGGAGCGUUAAGAUAGGUCAAGGUGGUAUUAACUACAAGGGUUCUUACAUAAAUUUGUUUUUCACAUCCGGUAUCACGAAAUACAACAAGGCAGGUUCUGCCCAUUCAUGCUCAGAUGCAGGGGGAAAAUUAGUGGAUAUUGCCGACAAGGAAAUGUACGAUGCUAUUUAUAACUACGUGGCUACUACUUUCAAUUCCGGAACUCAGAGUUUUGUAACCGUUUGGACAGGAAUGAAUUAUGACAGGCUGACAGGAAAAGUAACACAAAGUAAUGGGCAACCUGGCUAUAACGGAAACUGGAAACAUGGGACACCAAACGACCAUUCUGGAAGAAAUUCUAUCAUAAUACAUGUUGAUACAACUGGUGCAUCGUCUGGGGUAGGGUUUGUCAACACUGACGAUGCUUUGAGUGCAGUACCACUAUGUAUGUACGAUUAGCAAGUUACCACACCACGCAUGCAUGAGAUGAUGUAUAUUUUCACAACCAAAUUUUACCAUUUUUUAUCAUGCAUUCAUAAAGAAAUAAGCAACAUAUAAAAAAGGUUUGUAAGUAGAAACCUGUGUUAAACAUAUUUGUAUGCCCUCAAAAACUUAGAAUUGUUGUAUCAUUACUUCCUUUUGUACAAAAUACAUAUAUAAGUUAAGUUUUUGUGUUAUACUGUAGAAAGCCUUCCCUUAUACUCAUAUAAAAAUUAUAGUCACUUAUAGACUAUAAGUCAUAGUCAUAUGCAAGUAUAGUCAUAUGAAAAACUUAUAAUAAAUAUACAAAAAAACAUACUUUUUUCAAAAAAUUCUUUCAUCGCAUACAUAUGAUAAGACAAUCUUAAUAAUAUAUGCAACAUGUGAUACAAACUCUUUUAACUAUCUCUGUAGCCUAUGCCUAUGAUUACAAUUCUAUAACUGUGACCCUGGAAAAUACUUUGAUUGUACAACAACAUAUAGUAGUGUUUCCUACUGGUAUGUUACUGGAAAGUUAUAAAACUCAAAAGUUUGCCCAGGUUAUUAUUGUAAUAGAUAAUGUACGUUGAAAUUGCACAGUUGGUAUUUGGUAAUACAUUUUGAUUUCUUUCAUUCUACAACAGUAGCUGCUGGUUUAGUUUUUUAAGCAUAAAAUAUUAUGCGUGGUAAUUGGUAAGCGUACAGGAUGUAUAUGAAAUGAAACACCUGUGUUAUAAUAACCGUCUGCCUGCCCUUGUCCUGCCACAUGAAAAUAAAUAAGUUACAUUUAUUCAUUCAUUUAAGUAAGAAUUCAUCAGUUAAUUCAAUCUAUUGCAAUUUGGAUUUGAAGGGUAAUGUAGGCUAAGGGUGGUAUGCAGAAAUUUAAGUCUACUUUCUGCAUACCACCCUUAGUUUUGAAAUGUCACUCGGAUGAACUUAAAAUAUAGUUUCUGGAAUGGCAUUCAUUCAGCACAGGUGAAACAAAUAUUUCAAAAAAAUGUAUAUUAAUCACAUAUAUUAUGGUGAGUAAAUCAAAGUUACCACAUUUAAAUAUAUUAUAGUAAUAGUUUAGCAGUAUUUACAGUAAUAAAACUAGAAUAUACAGAUAGUGUUGGGUGCAAAAACGUGCAAUGGUAAAAAAUCAGUAGGCCUAACAUUUUUUCAACCACUUGCAACAGAAGCAGAUACAAGGGCCAAAUUAUACUCUUAUAAACUAUUUGCUUAAUAAAGCUAAUGUUCCUCAUAGCUUUAAUAAACACUAUUAAUGUGUGGCAAUCACAUCUCUGGAAAAUAGUCAUAUGAAGAAUUAAUAAUACUAAUAAAAGAACAUCUUAAGUUCGUGUCAUGACAAUUUUUAUUAAUUUGACUGAUACAUGGGACAUAUGUUUUCACUUUCACGCUGGCCAAUUAUUAGAAUUCUAAAACUGAAAAUUGAUACCAUUUGAUCAUAUUACACCUUGCUACCUUUGAAUUAAAAAGCUCUGACUGUAUUAACGUUAUGAGAAGUGUAUCGUACAUAGUUAUCUUUGUUUGAGAUACUUCAGUAAAAAUAAAAUGGCAGAAAAGGAAGACAUAAAAUCAGUUUCAGACAGUUUUUGUGGCCCUGAAAAAUACUUUGCAAGUAAAACAACGUGUGGUGGAGUUUCAUACUGGUGUGGUGGAAUUCAUAAAACUCAAAAGUUCGCUUGGGUUAUUAUUGUAUUAGGAUUAACUGCUGGAUUGGCCUUUCAAGUUUUUCUGAGGAUUUCUGCAUAUUUAAGCUAUGCGGCAACCAGACAAACAACUGUUAAGUUUACAUCCGAAAUAGAAUUUCCUGCAGUGACCAUCUGUAACUUUAACAGAUAUUUUGGUCUCAUUUCUGCUCGAGAAGUAUCUGCAGUCCAUACACUGAACAGACUGACUUCACCACAAGUUUACAGUGAUCUUGCUAACUCCUCAACCGGAUUUGAUUCCAGUCCACUGAGUUAUUUUAAUGAUAGCUUUAGUGUGACAUCAUAUUUGACACAAAAGGGAUAUCCUCUCGAUUCGUCACCUAUAUUAAUACAUUGCAUGUUCCAAUCGAAACCAUGUACAGCUGCAGAUUUCACUCCUGUUAUUACCAGAAUGGGAAAAUGUUACACUUUCAACAAAAGUAGGAGCAUACAAAAUGUUGCAGGUUCAGGUCAAGGGCUAUUAUUUAUACUUAUUGUUUUGCAUUCAUUAUACACUGAAGAGCCUUUGCAUGGAGAAAUAGAGGCUGGAAUAAGGUUCCAGCUACAUUCAAAAUUCGAACCACCAGAAGUUCAUAAAUAUGGAGUGGGUAUUCCAACUGGUAUGAAAGCAUUUUCUACAAUUCAACGCACGGAAACCUCUUUGGUUGAAUCACCUUGGGGAAAAUGCAAUCCCGGCACACAAAGAAAUUUAAAAUACUUCGACACCUACACAUUAUCAUCAUGUGUACAAGAAUGCUUCACUGAUCACUUAGUAGAAAGAUGUGGUUGCCGAACAUUUGAACAAUAUUGGGCAAGCGAUGUACCUGAAUGUUCCAUUGAACAAAUGCUAAAUUGUUCAACAGCUUAUGUUGCUGAAAUGGAACGAACGUUGACUCCUGAUAGUUGUUCGUGCAAUCUUCCUUGUAAGUUUACAACAUAUGGAGUGACAACAUCUUAUGCUACAGCACCUAAUUUUCCAACUCGCAAUGCAAUACAGACCCUUAUACAUAACAACGAUGUAGCCUUUGUUGGUGACAAUUUUGUUGGACUCGAUAUAUCUUAUGCGGUAAUUGGAUACACCAAAGUAGAACAAUUCAAAGCCAUCGAUGAAAGCGCUUUACUCAGUGACAUCGGUGGUCAACUUGGACUAUGGCUUGGAAUGAGUUUUGUAACGUUGUUAGAAUUAUUUCAAUACGUGAUUAUACGUUGCACUGCUUGGUUCAAAAAAUUUAAACGAAAGAAGAAAACUUCCAAAAUGAAGGAACAAAAACUCCAAGCAGUAAAGGCAUGGCAUAUGGAAAAUCCAAAUAAAGCUCAACAAAUUAAUGGAAUAUCUUGAACUAUGUAGAUGUACAGUUGUACAUAAUAAUUAUCUUUCUCUAUAUAUUGUCUAUAUAGAGCAAAACUAUACUAUGUGUUGUUUAAAUAUACUAUGUUUGCAUAAAUAAAAGCCUAUGCUACAAAUUGCUUAGCUUUAAUCAAUGUGUAUACUGCACACCUGCAUAAACUUGUUUGCUAAGUCUCGUUUUGUUAAUUAAAUCAGCUUGUACUGGUAAAACCGCAUAAAAAGGAAAUAUGACUUUCUUCACUUGCACACAAGACUGCAAUCAGUGUAGCAAGUGAGAAAACAAACAAAAUAGCUAUUUAAACUUAUUUCUGAUAUCAAUACCGUAACAUUCGAACAACAAAGUUAAGACUUUAAAUGAUUCAAUACCAGCUGCACACAGGUUAGUUUUUACUUGAAUAUCAUAUGCAGUAGGAAACAUCCAUACGCAGUUAAAACGAAAUAGGCCAAUAAAUUCUACACAAAAAAAUAGAUUACCUAUGUCGUUAUUGUUGCUAUGGUGUCAUCAAUCCAGUCUCGAUAGAAUGACACCCUUGCAUAAACAGACGGCAUAUUACGGUAAGAACCACAGUUUCCAGCGUUAAAUAUUCCAUGUACUUCGUCAUUAUCCUUAUGCAGGCCAUUGGAACAAUACAACGGACUCCCACUAUCUGAACUGCAACCAUCAACACCUAAUGAACCAGCGCAUAAA